CCUCACGUCAAGAGGCUGUGAUUAACAACAGACUCCUUUUUGAAGUGGUCGGAUUAGAGGUUAAAGAUUCCAAAUAUGCAGUUUUUUAUGAAAGGCGGAGUGGGGGGAACCGCUGGUAUCACUCUCAAUCAGAUACAAUACCUGUGUUCACGAUUUGCAAUCAGCCACGUCAUGAAACAUACACAUACUCAGGUGAGUGGAACCAUCAGGUCAAUGAUAUUAUUCCAACAGACUUGAGCUUAUAAAUCCAUCCCCGCUGCCACUCAUCAUGAAGCUGGAGGCAGUUAGAUUAAUUACCCUGGCCAAAGUACAACAUCUUUUUUUCUGAUGUACAGUUUUAUCAGUUUUAUCAUGAAACUGUAUAUUGUGUGAGACAGUGGACCGGCCUGAACACACAUACAACACGUGACAUCAUGUUUCACAGUAAGUGUGAGGGUGGUUUGGUGUUCCUAAUGUUGAGGAGACACAAGGCUUUCCCACCUGUUAAACAUGUGGAACAAUGAUGAGAAGUAUGUCAGAGAGCUUGCCCGACCUUCUCUGUUUUUGGACCCUCAGGCACGUGGGGCGGAGCCUAACUCCCUGGGCUUUAAGAGGAGUCCCAGUGGAAAGCUGGACAGUAGCUCUCCUCAUAAUGUUUUGUAUUUUCUUUUUUUUAUAUAUAAUAUUUUGUUUUUUAUCUUGACAUUUUCCUGAGUUUUUUCACCUUAUACAGUUGAACUGGAAAGAUAUACAGUUUUUUUUAAAUCUCUUUCAUUAAACACAUGGAUACACAUAAACAUAUUUACAUUGUAAACGUAACAUAAAGAUCCAAGAAACAUUGGGAACGAAAAAUACGUGCUUCCGGUAUGGUCGCUUUUAUUUUGAAAGGCUUCGAAUCAACUUCCGGUCCUGACAGUGCAGGAGACCUGACAGUGCAGGUCUGCAGCUAGACUGUCUUGGGUCUCAGAGGAGGUUAUAUCUGACCCUGUGAAAGUAAUUGUGAAUGUCUGUGGAACACAACAUCUACUCCCACGAAGAAAUGCCCGGGGAUUAGGUAAAUAGGACACCAUAGGUGUGAGUGUGAGAGUGAAUGGUUGUUUGUCUCUGUGUGUGUGUGUGUGUGGCCCUGCGAUGGACUGGUGAACUGUCCAGGGUGUGACCCCGCCUAUCAGGGUGUGACCCCGCCUAUCAGGGUGUGACCCCGCCUUUCGCCCGAUGUAGCUGAGAUUGGCACAGCACCCCCGCGACCCUGUGGUGGAGGAUAAAGCGGUAGAUGAUGACUGACUGACGGACUGACACAGUCACACAGAGACUGACGGACUUUUAAGUAAUAGUUCAGUUGGAUUAACAUUCCAUACCAGAUGGUGGCGGUAAUGCACCAACCGCCAUUAAACCUCAGAAGAAGAAGAAUCUGUAGGUUUUACUUUGAAAGUUCAGAACGGAUGUACGAACUCAGGCUAACAGGGCGCUGCUAACUGAAUGAAUGAAUGAACGAUGUGAGCGUGAGCACCUGCUGCUGUGUUCAUACACAGUGAUGAAGAUGAAGACUCCGCACAGUCACGGUCUCGUCGCUGUAGAGUGAUGCAGCACAAGUUCUGUUCCAGAGACUCUGGUUCUUUCCUCUUGGAGAGGACCGGCCCGGCCUGCCGCGCCACCAAUGACCCCCUGACCUCCUGUGACCCCCUGACCUCCCGUGACCUCCCUUUCCGCUGCCAUCGCUGCGGCGAGCGACAAUGUUUCCACAGCCUGAACUCACUCCGUGUUCACCUGGAGCGUCGCCACUCGUACCACUCACCUGACGUGAUCUCAGCUGGCUUCAGCAUCACCGGAAAACUCCCCGACCCUCUGAUGGCGGCGAUCCCCUGGUACGACACGAGCCUCCCGACCCGCAGGGGGCAGCAGAGUGCAGAGCGGCCACCUCACGUACGCUCCCUCAGCGACAGCAGAGAUAGUGGCUACCUGCACUCGUACAGUUCUGUGAGGAGGUGCACACACAGUGUCGGUGUGGGGACGCAGGAGGAGGACGACGAGGAAGAUGAAGACAGAAAUGAGGAAGAUAUCAAAAUAUCCACAAAAAAAUCAGACACAGGCCAACAUCACUUCCUGUUCCCUCCUCUCGGACCACCACCAGACCUGGACCCAGACCUGGACCCAGUCCUGAAACCAGACCUGGACCCAGUUCUGGACCCAGUCCUGAAUGUGGUUGAGCAGAAGUCUUUCUCUGGUGUGGAGAUGGCGUGUGCGUGUGCGUGUGCGUCAGUGUGUGCGUGUGCGGCAGCAGUGCGGCGGCGGCGGCGUCUGUCCCGCCUCCUGCAGAGACGUCUGUCCACAGUGAGCACAGAGCUGGUUCACACUGACACGGAGCUGCUGUGUGAACGCGCUCACUCUCAACAGCUGAUCCAGGAGAGACAGGAAGUGGCCGAGCGGCAGCGCUCACUGAGUCGGCAGGUGGACGUGGCGGUCGUGGUGAUCGCCGCGCUGAGGGAGCAGAUCAACGCCUCGGAGAACGAACUGGAGCGAAGAGAGAGGGAAGUGAUCACCAUCCAGAAGUUUCUGGAAACAGCAGCUCGACAGGAGACGAGCGGAAAAGUCCGGAUCCAGCGUUUCAUCGAGAACCUGCUGAGACGCAUCGACGUGACCGAGAGACUGGUCGAGUAUUACCAGCAACAAAGUGAUAACAGACGUGACAGAAUCAUAAAAAGCAGAUCAGCUGUUAGUCCGUUGUCCUCUGGUUGCCAUGACAACAGAACACACUCCUCCCACUUCAGCGGCCGUCCUUUGUUCUGUAAAGUGGGCGGGGACCAGGAACACCGGGAACUCCAGGAACUGCGAAAACACCGGGAAAACCGGGAACUUCUGGCUCAGUCGUCCAAACUCUUCUGUCGACCCGAACACAGAGAAGACAUCUGGAACCACCGGCGCCGCCGAUCCACCGGGUACGAGACCUAGAACCCACCAGGGUGAGGGGGCGGAGUCAAGGGGUCAACACAUUUCACAGUGAUUUUAUUUCAGUGUGAAAAAGUCUUUCACUGAUGAAAGGAUGAAUAUGAACUCACAUUUAAAGAUGCUGUACGCAGGAUUUUAUUUUUCUCUUCAUUAAUGAAUAAUUCCAUAGUAACACACACACAAACACGUCAUAUUCAUGUUUUCAUUCACUGAACAAACAGAACAUUUAGAGAAGAUCUUCUCUGUGGACAGAUGCACUAACUACAACAUUAUGUUUUUGGUCAUGUGACCACUUGUGUUCAAUGUGUGUGUGUGU